AUGUCCGGGCAACAGCAGCAGCUUCCGUUGACGGCGGCUCCCCAGGCCUCGGGGAUCGCCGCCCCCGCCGCUAGCGCCGGCCCCGCUCCGGCCUCGGCCCCGGCGGCCGCCGCGCUACUGCUCCACCCGCCGCCUCCCCCGCCACCGGCCACCGCGGCCCCGCCGCCUCCCCCGCCCCCGCCCGCCGCCGGGCCCCUGCCCGCCCUGGGCCUGCCGGCGGGGAGCAGCGCCCCGGCCGCCUUCCCGCACGGGGACCCGGCCCUCAACGAGCAGGAGAAGGAGCUGAAGCGGCGGCUGAAGCGGCUCUACCCGGCCGUGGACGAACAGGAAACACCGCUGCCCCGCUCCUGGAGCCCGAAGGACAAAUUCAGCUACAUCGGCCUCUCGCAGAACAACCUGCGGGUGCACUACAAAGGUCAUGGCAAAACUCCAAAGGAUGCUGCUUCAGUUCGAGCCACACAUCCUAUACCUGCAGCCUGUGGAAUAUACUAUUUUGAAGUUAAAAUUGUCAGUAAAGGAAGAGAUGGUUACAUGGGAAUUGGGCUUUCUGCUCAAGGUGUAAAUAUGAACAGACUACCAGGUUGGGAUAAACAUUCAUAUGGUUACCAUGGAGAUGAUGGACAUUCAUUUUGUUCCUCUGGAACUGGACAACCCUAUGGCCCAACAUUUACAACUGGGGAUGUCAUUGGUUGUUGUGUAAACCUUAUCAACAAUACCUGCUUCUACACAAAGAAUGGACAUAGUUUGGGUAUUGCUUUCACGGAUCUACCGCCAAACUUGUACCCUACAGUAGGGCUUCAAACACCAGGAGAAGUGGUAGAUGCUAACUUUGGGCAGCAUCCAUUUGUGUUUGAUAUUGAAGACUAUAUGCGAGAAUGGAGAACCAAAAUUCAGGCUCAGAUCGACAGAUUUCCUAUAGGAGAUCGGGAAGGAGAAUGGCAGACAAUGAUUCAAAAAAUGGUUUCAUCUUAUUUAGUUCAUCAUGGGUACUGUGCAACAGCAGAGGCUUUUGCCAGAUCUACAGACCAGACUGUACUAGAAGAAUUAGCCUCCAUUAAAAAUAGACAAAGAAUUCAAAAAUUGGUUUUAGCAGGAAGAAUGGGAGAAGCCAUUGAAACAACACAACAGUUGUAUCCAAGUUUACUAGAAAGAAAUCCUAAUCUCUUAUUUGCAUUAAAGGUGCGCCAGUUUAUAGAAAUGGUGAAUGGUACAGACAGUGAAGUGCGGUGUCUGGGUGGCCAUAGUCCAAAAUCACAAGAUAGUUACCCUGUAAGCCCUCGAUCAUUUAGUAGUCCUAGCAUGAGCCCCAGCCAUGGAAUGAAUAUUCACAGUUUAGCAGCAAGCAAAGGAAGCAGCACACACUUUUCUGGUUUUGAAAGUAGUUGCAGUAAUGGAUUAAUAUCAAACAAAGCACAUCAGUCUUACUGUCAUAUUAAACACCAGUCCACAAGUUUGAAUGUACCUGAACUCAACAAUAUAAAUGUAUCAAGAUCACAGCAAGUUAACAGCUACACCAACAGUGAUGUAGACAUGGAAACAGAUCACUACUCCAAUGGAGUUGCAGAGACUUCAUCCAAUGGCUUCCUAAAUGGUAGUUCUAAACAUGAUCACGAAAUGGAAGAAUGUGACACAGAAAUGGAAGUUGACUCAAGUCAGUUAAGACGUCAGCUAUGUGGAGGUAGCCAGGCGGCCAUUGAAAGAAUGAUCCAUUUUGGAAGAGAAUUGCAGGCAAUGAGCGAACAGCUAAGGAGAGAAUGUGGCAAAAACACAACAAAUAAGAAAAUGCUAAAGGAUGCGUUCAGUUUACUUGCAUAUUCGGAUCCUUGGAGCAGUCCAGUUGGAAACCAGCUUGAUCCAAUACAGAGAGAACCUGUGUGCUCUGUUCUUAAUAGUGCAAUACUAGAGACCCACAAUCUGCCAAAGCAGCCACCACUUGCCCUAGCAAUGGGACAGGCUUCACAGUGUCUAGGAUUGAUGGCACGUUCGGGAAUUGGAUCGUGUGCAUUUGCCACAGUGGAAGAUUAUCUACACUAGCUAUGCAUUUGAAGAUCUCAAGUAUGUGUUGUGGCAUAUUCAACAUGGAGGUAGAUCAGCUCUGCUGACUGGAAUUUGGAUCUUUUAAUUAUGUACUAAGGACAGGUCUGUCGCUUUACGUUGCUUCCUAGUUUACAGCAUGAUGCAAAUGAUUUUCUAACUUAGUGUUAGGAGAAAUUUUCCAUCUUUAACCUCUUAGACAACUGAGAGUUAAAAUUAUCACUGAUAAUGUCAGACAUCCAAAUUGACAAUUACAAAUUCUUUCUUUAAAUGAUUGUUCAAAACAAACCAAAAAUCCUACCACCUUGAGGUGGGGCAGAAGAAUAGAAAAUGUUGUGGAUGUGUUAGCAUGUGGGUGAUGUAAACUUCAAGCAGGAUGACUUGCCAGCCUCCACCCUCAUUAUUACAUAGUUCAAUCAGUGUAACUUGCAAAAUGCAUAAACACCUGACAGUUUGGAUAUAUAGUGUUGAUGGGAAGAAAUAUUUUUUAAUGUGUACUGUAAAACUUGAAAUACUCAGGAGCUGAGUGAAUAUGUUUGUUGCUACUUACAAUCCCUACCUGUUGAUCUUAGUAGUUUUUGUUUUAACAUGGUCUUUUCAACUUUCUUUGUUUAACUACAGACAACUUCUGUUAUAGACUCACCAGUUUAACUGUUGUAUAAUAACAGUAUUACAUGUCACAGUGUGGUUACGACCUCUAUUUAUAUAAAAACCAAAUAUUAGUCAAUUUACAGUCUUAAUUUAAUCUUUGUACACCUUGCAUUUUUAAAAGUGCUUAAAUGAGUACUAUAUUGCAAUAAAAUGUAGUGAUAUCAUAAUUAACCAGCCAUUAAAAACUUACUUCUACA